AUUGUAGGAAUUGAGUAAGGUGCAACGUGAACGUUCCUCAAAAAUUCAAUCCAGACACCGAAGUGGUCGGAGUGGGAUGGUGAACGUACGGGAAGCUGUGGUAAGUAAUACUAAAAAUUUAAUGUGCUAUAAUGUGCUAUACAAUUUAAUUGGUACUCAUUUCAUUGUUAUAACGUUAUGUAGAAAAAGGACCUCGAAGUUGCAGAUCCUCCCCGCCACCGUGUUUGGAUUAAAUCUCGCACCAAGAGUAGAAAACUUGUCACUGAUUACGACAAGGAAAUUGCCGAGAAGAUUGUAAGUAUAUAUUAAUUCAUAUACUAAUUGCUUGAAUAUAUAAUUCAAUUAGAGUUAGUGUAUAUAAUUCAUAUACUAAUUGCUUGAAUAUAUGCGUGCAUUAGGCUCAAUUAGAGGAGAAGCUUAGUCAGGGACAAAUUCAGGUCCAGGGCCAAAACGAUAUCCUCACGCAGGCGCUCGGGACACCAGAGCAUCCUGGACGUGUCAGGGCUGCUGGGUAUGCUAUUACUUCAAAUGUUAUUUAUUUAGUUACACAAAUGAAAUCGUUGCUAAUUUGCAUUUUAUGAUUUGUAGGUUCCUGACCAGGGCAUCUCAACUGUUCGGCAGGAAGAAAAGGGAAGUGUCUGAUGUUGUGGCUCGGCAAGCGAAGGAGAUUGAACAAUUAAAAGCCGAUGUCCAAUCCCUUAAGCAGCAGAGGAACGCUGCCGAACAAGAGGAAGAAGGAGAGGUGGCUGGUGAGGCGUAUGUUCCACAACCAUACGCUCCUCAGGAUGAGGUACAACCAACAAUUUAUGCUGAGGAGUUCAUUUCCCUCAACGACCAAGGUAUCCUAUACAAUUUUGAUGACCAAGCGGCCCUUACUCAGCAAGUACAUCUCUGCUCUGACAACAUCGACAAUAUUGUGGCCCGAGCGUAUUUGUACGAGCAUGUGGGUGUGAUCAAAGUUCACUGCCAGGAUUACGAUGAUUCACAUGCUCGGAUCAUGGUUUCGGAAAUCCUGCAAGAGGACGCUGAAAUCCCAGUCCCACUUGAAGAGUUCAGAUAUGUUAGGGACGUGUACCAGAUGUUCCUUCCUUGGCCUAAACACUUAAUUUUAACAACCGAGGGUCCACUCGCUCAACCGCCCUCAAGACGUGAUGCGUCAAAGGGGAAAGCUCCGAUGCUUUCUCCACAAAGCCGUGGUGCACGGGAAGAUGAGUUGUUCACGGAAGAGAAGAUGGCGUUGAUCCCUAAUUCGCUGAAAUGGAUGAUUCAUGAAUUCCUAAGGCUCAAAGAUAAACGUGAUAUAAUCACAAUUCCUGUCCCCCGAGGAUUCAUUGCACCGCGUACCCAGAUCACGUUAUCUGGAGAGGAUUUGCAGCAGGUUGCUACGUGUGACUACAUCGGCAACCAGGGAAUGCUGUUUGGAAUGAUGCACAUAUGGGAGAGCAUCAACGGUCUGAGAAAAAUUUUCAAGUUUUACGACCCAGAGCUUCUCACAGUGCAUGGGAUCAGCGAUGAAGAACAGAGUCAGUCUUUUGACGAUGCGGCAAGACGAUUGGCUAAUUGGUUAUCAUUAAUGAACAGCAACCACCAAAUGUUCUUUAUUCCUUGGAAUAUCGGGAUGCAUUGGACGCUAGUGGUGGUUGCGCCAAAUAAAAUUAUCCAUUUAAACCCUCUAAAAGGCCGCCCAAUUCCCGAAGAAAUAGAACAAAUGAUCGGAAGGGCAUUCAUGUAUAUAGGGGACGCACAUCAGUAUCUUGGCCCGUGGCAAGGAAUUGCACAAGCAAACUGUCCAAGACAACCUAAAAGCCAAGAAUGCGGUUUUUAUGUUUUGAAAUAUAUGACUGACAUCGUCGCACGUGCCAACCCCAACCGUUACAUAGAAGAUCAAAAAGCUUUUGGGGGUAAGAAGCAAUACGAUCCAAAAACAGAAAUUUUACCACUACAGCGAAAGUGGAUCGAACAAUUGAUGGCGGUGAUUCACGGUGACGAUUGAGGUUCAAAGGUCGAAGAAUUUUUCUUCAUUAUGUAAUUUUUAUAGAUUAACUUGUAAUUAGAUUUAUUAACUUAUUAAUAUUUUUAACUAAUUUUACAUGUUUGUGUAAUAUUUAAUUAUUUUUAUGAAAUCAAAUUAUGUUUU